GAGGCUCCAACGGUUCGUGGGAAAGAAGUUCAGAGGGAUUUGUAAAGUCACCCAGCGAGAGCUACCUGAGCGUACACGCUUCGCUAAGGACGCAUUGAGGAAAACCCUAUUACCAAGAUGAAGAGGCCUUCUGAGGAUAGCAGUUCUGACAGCGACAUGGAUGAAACAAUUGAUGUCGGAAGUGAAAACAAUUAUUCUGGGCAAAGUAGCGGUUCAUUCAUAAGGUGCAGUUCACCCACAACAACUACCCAAACUAUGGCCCGGAAGAAAAGAAGAGGGAUUAUCGAGAAAAGACGAAGAGACAGGAUAAAUAACAGCUUAUGUGAGUUGCGCCGACUUGUACCUACAGCAUUUGAAAAACAGGGCUCCGCCAAAUUGGAAAAGGCGGAAAUACUGCAGAUGACGGUGGAUCACCUGAAGAUGCUCCAAGCCACCGGCGGCAAAGCAGGCUAUUUCGAUGCCCACGCGCUGGCCAUGGACUUCAUGAGCAUCGGCUUCCGGGAGUGUCUGACGGAGGUUGCCCGCUACCUGAGCUCCGUGGAGGGCCUGGAGUCGGGCGACCCCCUGCGCGUGCGCCUGGUGUCCCACCUGAGCAGCUGCGCCUCCCAGCGGGAAGCGGCCGCCAUGACCAGCUCCAUGGCCCACCACCACCACCACCACCCGCACCCGCACCACCACCCGCACCACCCGGCCCAGGCCCUGCACCCCCACCACUGGGCUGCCGCCGCCGCUGCGGCCGCCCUCCACCCCAUACCCGCCGCCGCCUUCCUCCAGAACGGACUGCCCACCUCCCCCUCGGAGGCCGUGGCCGCUGCCGCCUCGGCCAGGCUGUCGGAGGUCCCCACGCGGGGCUCGGCGCUGCUCUCGGCCCCUUCCUCCUUCUCCUCGCCCACCUCCUCUUCCAUAUCAUCUUCCUCCUCCUCCUCGUCGACCACCACCCCCUCCUCCACUUCCUCCACCACCUCCUCCUCCUCCGCUGCACACUCCGACACCACGCUCAGGGCGCCCUCUACGGGCAGUGUGGCGCCCUGCGUGCCCCCGCAGAUCUCCACCACCUCCCUGCUGUCGCUCUCGGCCACCGUGCACGCUGCUGCUGCGGCCGCCGCGGCCCAGACCUUUCCCCUGUCCUUCCCGGGGGGCUUCCCCAUCUUCACGCCCAGCCUGACGGCCUCCUCGUCCAGCAGUGGCAGCCAUGCGGCAGCGGCAGCAGUAGCAGCAGCGGCGGCAGCGGCAGCAGCACAGGCGCACAGCCCUUCCAUAUCUACCAGCACUUCCACAUCACAACACACCAGCAGCAGUGGCGGUGGCGGAGGGGGUGGUAGCAAAAGCAGCAGCAGCAGCAGCAACAGCAGUGCCAGCAAACCGUAUCGGCCUUGGGGGACUGAAGUGGGAGCUUUUUGAGCUUGUCGCUAGAGAGAGAGAGUGUUGUUGGUUGGUUACCCACCCACCCUUCCAUCCAUCCAUCCACCCCCUACGUGCUUCACUUCAUCGCUCGCUGAGAGCUUGGUGUGGUUGGAAAGCCCUCCGCACUUUGUAGAUAAAGGAUGAUGGUCAGGAUGUGGGACUGAAAAAAAACUGUUACUCAUCGGUCUGAGAUUUUUUUUUUGAAAUCCAACGCCUGUGAACUUGUUUGUGUGUGUUUGUUUUGUUUUGUUCUGGUCUGCAAGUUUUUUUUUUCAUCUUCUGACUGCUACAUCAAAAAUAUCACUAAGUUGACCCCUGAGAACGGAAUGAGAAAAUCCCCUGAUGUUUUUUUUUCCCCCUUUCACAUCUUUCAAAUGUGUCACACGCUACACAGGAUGCAUUUCAACCGCACUAAACUGGUUAUAUCACUGAAGAAUAUACUAUUUGCAUUGUUGGAGGUUUGAAUUGUGAAAAGUUGUCUGUUUGCUUUUGCAUUUGUUUGAGCGUUUCGGUGGACACAACUCUGCAGCGAAAUUGUUUUUCCAUGGCUGAUGUUCUUGUGAGCACACAGCUUGUCACCAGUCCGUUUUUCACAUCACGAAAAAGAACCCCCCUAAUGUAUUUUACUUUUUCAAGCUUGGCCAGAUAGACUUUUAACUGUAGUCAGCAGCAUUAAGUUGAUAAUACUAAGCACUCAGUCGUCUUGGAUAGAGCGCAGGAUUGUUGCACAAUCUGCGUUGUGUUUUGAAGGAAAGGCAACGAAAUAUCUUACCAACAAACCAAAGUCUCUUUAUGAUAAUCAGCUGAGUACAUCAUGAAUCAAUGCCGUGUGUGUGUGUGUGUUUUUUUAUUGUAAACUAAAUCAUAUGACUAACAAAAAAAGGAACGUUUGUAAAUAUGUAUAUGUUUGGGAAAGAUAAAGUAGAUUUUAUAUUGAAAUUAGAAAAAAAACAAAAGUUUAUAUCGGUAUGAUGCACUUCAAUCAUUGCUGUUUCGGAAGGGACAGGAGCUUUUCCAUCGAAAAAACACUAAAUUUAUAACAUAACUUACAGACCCACAAAUGAAAUGUAAGCACUCUUUUUGUUACUGUUUUCCUCCAGUGUUUUUAUUUUCCCUUUUCAAUAACACUACUGUACUGUACUUUUUUUUUUUUAAUAGUACCCAUUUCUGUUAAAUGUAACAGUUUUCUAUGCAAACAAAAACCACUCCAGAUGUCAAUGAUUAAAUAUGAUGUUUUU